UCGGGGACAUUCGGCUCGGCUCGGCUCGGCUCGGUGUCGGGUUGACUCGGCUCCCGCCGGCAGCGGGAACGGGCGAAGCCCGCGGCACUGGGCUCUCUGUGAGAGGCCGAAUUGCGUCGAGCGCCAGCGGGAAUCUGCCCAGAGCCGUCCAGCCCUGUCGGCCGGGAACGACAGUCGCCUCAGCCUCUUAGGCAGUGAGGAGAGCUGGGCCGAGCUUCUCGGAAACCCUCGUGCGGACUCGGACCUAUUCGGACUGACUCGGCUUCCCACUUCGGGUAGCUUCGACCCUCCUCGGUUCCGGACUGUGUCUCGGCUCGGCGGCUUCGUGCAGUUUCGGCCCCUGCUCGGUCAGCCUCGGUUCGACUCGGCUCCGCUCGGUGGCCGGGUUCGACUCGGCUCCGCUCGGCGGCUGGCUGCCUUUUCGGCCCCUGUUCGGGCGGCGGCUUCGGGCGGCCUCGGCCCAGCUCGGGCGUCCUCUUCGGACCCCGCUUCGGGCCCCGCGACCGGCGCUUCGGGCGGCCCCGGACGGCGCCUUCGGGAGGGCUCGGCGGAGUCCGGAUGGAGGACUCGGACUCGGCGGCAAAGCAGCUGGGCCUGGCUGAGGCGGCCGCGGCGGGAGGCGAUGCGGAGGAGCCGGUGCUGAGCAGGGACGAGGACUCGGAGGAGGACGCAGACUCGGAGGCGGAGCGGGAGACGCCGCGGGUCACGGCAGUGGCGGUGAUGGCGGCGGAGCCCGGGCACAUGGACAUGGGCGCCGAGGCCCUGCCCGGCCCCGACGAGGCCGCCGCUGCUGCAGCCUUUGCAGAGGUGACCACAGUGACAGUGGCUAACGUGGGGGCCGCCGCGGAUAACGUCUUCACCACGUCUGUGGCGAACGCGGCAUCCAUCUCAGGACACGUUCUGUCUGGUAGGACAGCCCUUCAGAUCGGGGACAGCCUGAACACCGAAAAAGCCACACUGAUCGUCGUCCACACGGAUGGCAGCAUCGUGGAGACCACCGGGCUGAAGGGCCCAGCGGCCCCCCUCACCCCAGGGCCUCAGUCUCCUCCAACUCCUCUGGCUCCCGGCCAAGAAAAAGGUGGAACCAAAUACAACUGGGACCCCUCCGUGUACGACAGCGAGCUACCCGUGCGAUGUCGGAACAUCAGCGGCACGCUGUACAAGAGCAGGCUCGGCUCAGGUGGCCGGGGGCGGUGCAUCAAGCAGGGGGAGAACUGGUACAGUCCCACGGAGUUUGAGGCCAUGGCAGGAAGAGCCAGCAGUAAGGACUGGAAGAGAAGCAUUCGCUACGCAGGCCGGCCCCUGCAGUGCCUCAUCCAGGACGGGAUCUUAAACCCUCACGCCGCCUCUUGCACCUGUGCCGCCUGCUGCGACGACAUGACCUUGAGUGGCCCUGUCAGGCUUUUUGUGCCUUACAAAAGGCGCAAGAAGGAGAAUGAGCUGCCCACAGCGCCCGUGAAGAAGGACUCUCCCAAGAAUAUCACCCUGCUUCCAGCCACCGCGGCCACCACCUUCACCGUGACCCCCUCAGGACAAAUCACAACCUCCGGGGCACUGACCUUUGACCGAGCAUCCACCGUGGAGGCCACUGCUGUCAUAUCCGAGAGUCCGGCCCAGGGCGAUGUCUUCACAGGAGCCACAGUCCAAGAGGCCGGCGUGCAGCCACCAUGCAGGGCCAGCCACCCCGAGCCUCACUACCCCGGCUAUCAGGACAGCUGCCAGAUUGCACCGUUUCCAGAGGCUGCAUUGCCAACGUCACAUCCCAAAAUAGUGUUGACAUCCCUGCCUGCCCUGGCAGUCCCACCCCCGACUCCCACCAAAGCGUCACCUCCUGCCAUGGUGAAUGGGCUGGAGCUGUCGGAGCCUCGGAGCUGGUUGUACCUAGAAGAGAUGGUCAACUCCUUGCUCAACACCGCACAGCAGCUAAAGACGGUGUUUGAACAAGCCAAACACGCCAGCACCUACCGAGAAGCUGCCGCAAACCAGGCCAAGAUCCAUGCUGACGCCGAACGGAAGGAGCAAUCCUGUGUUAACUGCGGCCGGGAGGCCAUGAGCGAGUGCACUGGCUGCCACAAGGUCAACUACUGCUCCACCUUCUGCCAGCGCAAGGACUGGAAAGAUCACCAGCACAUGUGUGGCCAGUCAGCAGCUGUCACGGUGCAGGCAGACGAAGUCCACGUGGCCGAAAGCGUGAUGGAGAAGGUGACCGUGUGAGGCUCCCCCCGCCGCCCUGUGCGCUGGGUCCCCUUACGCUCCUGCGAGGUUUCUGCAGGUCGAAGGCCCCCCAAGGACUUUCGGGGGAUGUUGAGCAGAGGGGUGUGGGAAGGUGAAGAAACUUGCUGGACGAGUUAUUAAGAAACUUUAAGUAAUGGUGCCCUGGGCAGCAGACUCCUCCCGCCUGGGCCCCUGCCCGCUCGAGGAGAGACUUCUAGCCCCAGGAUCAUGAGCGUCCAGUCUUGCCCGUGGGGCCCGCGCUGCGACGCAUGUACAUACGUGUGUGUCUGUCAAUAAAGUGUAAAUAAGGCCUCCCUUC